UUUCCACAGGUGCAGGACCUGCGCCACUCAAACCUGUCCUCCCCCCUCAGCCUUGCAACCAGUCUGUUGUUGGACCUCCGCAGGUCACCCCACCCAUUAACCCCACCCACCCGUAUCAGAAUACACCGCCCAUGAGCGCUGCUCUGGUGGCUGCACAAAUGGCUGUGGAGGCAGCCAACAACCAGAAGAAUCGCUUCCCAGGGAUGGUCAAUCAGGGGCCUCCAUUUUCAACUCAGUCCACCAUCCCUCCAGUCUCCGUGAUGAAGCCCCCUCAGCCCAACAUAUCAACAGUUACCACAGCAUCACAGCCGCCAAUGAUGCAACAGCAAGUUCCUCCCAAUCCUCAGCAGCCCGUCCCACCCCCGGGCCAGCCAUCGUCUAACCAGCCGACACAGCCACAACCUCCACAACCUUCACCAAAUCAGCCCACAGCACCUUCAGCACUGCCCAACAUACUCGGGGUCUCUGGAGCUGCAGCCGGUGCCAAUUUAAUCGUACAACCUCAAGCAAACAAGGUCGUGGCGUGGACGGGCGUUUUGGAGUGGCAGGAGAAACCUAAAGCUUCGUCCAUGGAUUCAACCAAGCUAACUCGGUCUCUGCCUUGUCAAGUGCACGUCAACCAGGGAGAGAAUCUGAACACGGAGCAGUGGCCACAGAAGCUCAUCAUGCAGCUGAUUCCACAACAGCUUCUGACGACUUUAGGGCACCUCUUCAGGAACUCCCGAAUGGUUCAGUUUCUCUUCACCAACAAGGACUUGGAUUCUGUCAGGGGUCUCUACCGCAUCAUGGGCAGUGGUUUUGCGGGCUGCGUCCACUUCCCCCACACCACUUCACCGUGCGAUGUGCGGGUGCUGAUGCUGCUGUACUCGUCCAAGAAGAAAAUAUUCAUGGGCCUCAUCCCCAACGACCAGAGCGGCUUCGUCAACGGCAUCCGGCAAGUGAUCACCAACCACAAGCAGGUCCAGCAGCACCGAGCGCAAAUGGGUGGAGCAGGGGGGCCGAUGCAGCCCGGUCAAGUUCCCCCCAACCCGAACUUUCUGAACAGAGCGCCUGGGCCCAUUUCCGUUUCCCACGGUAACGUCCAGCAGCAGAUGACGAUGAGAGCAGCCGGACCAACCAAUCAGCAGCCGGCGGUCAGCGGAGCCCCGCCCAACCAGGUGGCGCAGAGCGGGCAGGCCCAGCCUCCGGGCUCCAUCCUGCGCCUCCCUAACCCAGGAGCCAAUCCGCAGCUCCGCAGCCUCCUCCUCAGCCAGCAGCCGCAGAGCGCCGUGUCUCACAUGCCAAACAUGAUGUCCCACCAAGGUUUAGGACCGCAGCUGGUCCACUCCACGCCAGGAGGGGGGCCUCAAAUGCAGAACCAGUGGAGGCAGCCGAUGCCAGGUCAGAUGCUGAUGUCUGCAGCUCAGAGGGGACCGGUCCCCCAGCCCGGCAUGUCCCAGGUCUCCGGUGUCAUAGACGAUGAGAUCCUCCUGGACCUCAUGUGACGGAGCGGUGACCGCUCUGGAACUGGAUUUAAAGCUGAAGCUUCUUCCAGUUUGGACUUGAGCAGCUGCUGUUUCUUUCUUUGGAGUUAUUAGGAGACACUUUUAUUUUUUUUUAUUAAAGCGCCGAACAGCAGCAGUUAUGGACUGAAGUUAUGAGCAUCCUGGGUAUUUUUUUAUGUAAAUGGUCACAAACU